CAGACGCGACCGGCCCAAGGCCCAACUUUUACCUUUCUCCUUCUGUCGGUCUUUCCGCUUUUCUCCUUUUCUCCGUCUUCCGCCUUUUCCCUCCCUUUCCCUUUUAUUUUCUUUUCCCCACGGCAGCACAAAGCAAAGCAACACCCAAACACCACCGAAGCCCACCGUCCUUGUCCACAAAUCAAACCUUUUCUUUUCUUCCUCACUUUCUCUUCUUCCCUUGAGAACGUUCAAAUAUAGUUCCGAUAAACGUUCCUCUACUUCUACCAGUCUCCUCUGCUCCCGAUCUCGGCCAGCGGCUGCUCUUCUUCCGUGUUAUCACCACUUCCACGAUCUCAUAUCUCUCCGACUUACCCCCAGCUUGUUCGUGACGCUACAUCCAUGGCUUUCAGAGGGCCAAACGCAACAUCAGGGAUGGGGGUUGCAGACAACAGCAAGACCACGUUCCUCGAGCUGCAGAGGAAGAAGGUUCACCGCUAUGUGAUCUUCAAGAUCGACGAGAAGAAGAAACAGGUGGUGGUUGAGAAGACCGGUGGCCCAGCUGAGAGCUAUGAGGAUUUUAGUGCUUCCUUGCCUGAGAAUGAUUGCCGAUACGCGGUCUAUGACUAUGAUUUCGUCACCGCUGAGAAUUGCCAGAAGAGCAAAAUCUUCUUCGUUGCUUGGGUCCCCUGCCGUUUCUCGCAUCCGCGCCAAGAUGCUCUAUGCAACUUCGAAAGACAGCUUCAGAAGGGAGCUUGAAGGCAUCCAUUAUGAAAUCCAGGCCACUGAUCCGACCGAGAUCGAUCUGGAGGUGCUGAAAGAGCGUGCAAACUGAGAGCACUUCCCAUCUCUCAACGGUAUCUUAGCAAACCCACCAUUGUGCUUUUCUUGUGUGACACACCUACAAGGUCAUUGUUACUUGUACGCCUAAAUCACUGAUUGUUCUGCGACAAGGUAUACAGAGUCGGUGCAGCUUGAUUGUAUCAAAAUAAUUGAAUCACCUGGGAAGGCUGAUAUCAGGAGCAAGCUUGGCCGCAAGCUUCAUACUGCCAUGAUGCUUCCCAGGUGAAACUGGGAUGGUUGUUGUAAUGUGAUAACAUGUGUUGUGUUCGUUUGUGUGUUCUCUCUUGUGUUUUCUUACACGCCAGGUUAGGUUUAAAUGGUUUAAUGACUACUAUUAUAUUGAUAUAUGGUGGUUAGGGGAAAAAUUGGUACGGUAUCAGUCUCAAUAGUAAGGUUGUCAACCCGUGGACUGAUCCGAAUUCGGACGAGCUGGUGAGUUAAGAAUUAAUGGGCCAUCCGUUUUAGCCCGGUUUAGCUCGGAAAUGUGGAAAGAGUCAUUAUAUUAUA